UGCUGUCUCAUUGUAAACAAAUUCGGAAUUUAACUCUGGUUAAUACAAAAAAUGACCCCUGCACUAGAUAAGCCCCGCGAAAUCGGCUUCGAUCGGCAAUUUUCAGUCGAUGUGAAUGGUGUGCCCACGGAGAUAGUGUUCCAUGGAUUCGCCAACAAGUGGUUCCUGGUGGUCACCCAAUUGGGCAAGAUUCCCGGCAUCUACAACGUGCACUUCGAUGUGAAGCGGGAUGAGCGGGUGGUUCCCUACCUUCAUGGACCCGUGGAUAAUCCGGAAUUCCACGUUUCGGUGCCCAUCACGAUGAAUUGUUGCCUGGGCCUGGACACCGAUGAGACUCGCAGCGCCAUUCAAUUUUUGGUCAACAGAACCGGACUCCACAAGUGCCCCACGGAAUUCGUGGUGGGAUUGGGUCUCAAAGUGAUUGAUGGACCCCAUCUGAGAGCUUUGGCCAAGGUUCUGCAGGAGACUGUUUUCUAGUUAACGUUUUUGUAAAUUAAUAAAAAUUCCUGUAUGACAGUGUUGGUAAAAUAACCUAAUUGCUAAGACUUUUAUGAUUGGUACAUGAUUUAAACGAAAAUGUAAUUAAAAAAUUCUCCAGCUUUAAGAAAAUAAACUUCGGAUAACAUGUACAUAUAUAGUUUUAAAAGCAAAAAAACUAAAUAUGAUUCCUUAUUUAUAAAAAUAAAGAUCAUUCAUAUAAUCGUUUGUA